AUGGCGAUCGACUUACCCAAUGGGUACGUCGGUCAAGGGCGCCGCAAGGCGACGGAGGACGUCUCGAUGCCAUCGGUGGAGGAUACAGAUGAUCUGGCAAGACUGGAGCCACGAAACAUUCGGCCUCUGCCUGUCAAGGCUUCUUCUGCUCGGGGACCGGUCCCUGCCGCCGGCACCAAAGCCAGGGCCCGAGAGCCUCCAGUCAGCGCUUCUGUCACAGCAGGCUCAAAGCCGCGUGUACCGGAACCACCGAAGGCGAGGUUGUCAAGUUCGACUCACCUGCCCCCUCAAGCUUCCAUCCCGGUGGCCACGACCCAAGGCAAAGGGUCACUAUUCAAGAUGUCUUCACUCCCAUCGCGGGAUGCUGCCCCAGCGCUAUUGUCCAAGGAGGAUCUCAUCUCGACAAAGGCUAUCCCGCCACCGUUGCCACCAAGGCCCAUCCCGAAAACCGUCGCGUCACUGCAGAGCUCUACCGCGCACAUGCCAUCCCCGGCCCCAUCUGCAGACACGCUACCCGGGAAGCGCGAAGACUGGGAGGACUCGGGAGUCAUGGACGUGGACGACUCUGGCGACACCCCAGAGUGGUUCAACGCCCCCCUGCCAAGGGCAAGAGAGGAAGCCCCUGUCGAAGCGCCGCAGCCCCAGGAGACUUCAACACAGCCACCCGUCACAACCAGGGCGAACAAUUCUGCGCCGCUCACACCAGUCGCAUUAGCCUGGCGUCCCGAGCCGGAGAGACGUGCCUCGACGUCCAGUCUGGUGUCGAGACUAUCAUCGGGUUUCAAUUUCAUCGCCAGCGCGUUUUCGCCGUCGGUCCCGCCCCCCUCAGCCGAGCCGCCUUUGGAGAAGGACGUGAUGCCGAUGGUCGAGAUCAGACACUCACCCGUCUCUUACCGGCCGGAAACGCCCGCCACGUUUGUCACGGCCAGCGAGAUGGUCUCAUCGGCGGCGUCGGCAAUGGAGGUCGAUGCAGCACCGCCGGCACCGUCGGUAGCGGCCACACAACCCGUGAGGGCAAAGCCGCCCGCCGCUCUAGAGCGGAAACGGACGUCGAAGACGAGCUCUGACCGCCGCGACGGGGCGUUGCGUCCUUCGACUCGCCAGCCGAAGGCCAAGGCCAAAGUGCCCCGGUCUGGCGACGGAAAUGUCAAGGCUGCGGACAGACGGAGGGGUGCGACUGGGACAUCAUCCGCCGCAACUGCUGGCAGUGCUCUACCUCGCUCGGGACCAAUUGCUCGCACGAGGCCGGCUGCCCACCCCGCACCCAUUGCACGCCCUGUGUCGACUGCUCGCGCACCACCGAUAGCUCGUUCGGCACCCCCAGCCCGUCCAGCUCCAAAUACCCGCCCUACACCGGCUGUGUCCCGACCCCGCGUUCCCUCGGCGCCAGAGCUACCCUUCUAUGGGCCACCCGCUCUGCCGCAGGCCAAGUUUGAGGCCUACCGGGACUCACUGGCAUCACGUUCACCUGCUCGCGUGUCAUUGCGGGACGUUGAACGGGCCAUCGACAUCGAGGCUCGGCGGCGAUACUGGGAGGAGGUUUGGAGGUCUGACACUGAAGGCCAGUCCGGGGGUACGCCGGCGCGAUUCCCUCUCUCCCUCGACCCCGGCGCAGCUGCCAGUCCAGAUCCGCGCGCCGAGGAGUGGCGGAACCGUGCUGGGCGAGAAUCGCGACAGCGGGCCGCACAGCGUCAAGUGUUUGACUCGCGGCGGAAGGAGCUCGAGCAGCUGAAGAAGGAUGAGGUGGAGCGCGAGAAGGCGGCGCUGUCGAGGAUCACUGCCGAGGUGGUCAAGGAGCUGCGCAACGCGCCGAGAGGAAGAGCGCGGCGUUAG